UCUGUCAGGACGGAGCGAUGAAACGCCGCCCGGGGAAGAGAGCGGCGAGGGCAGCGCCGGGGCCCAGCGGCCGGCCAGGGCCCUCCAGCGCGAGAAGGGGAGCUGGCGGGAGGCGGCCGAAGAGGACGCCUGAGGGGAAACAAGGUGUGCAAGCAGUCCAGAAGAAACAAAGGCAGCAGAGAGCACAGUCUUCUGAAGCCGAAACAACUCCUCCGUCUUCAAAAGUAGUGAAGGUGACUGCAGGCCAAAGAGCAAAAUGGCAGCCACUUCCAAAGAACACAAGAGAGCAGUUGGAAUCCAUGAUGCAUUGGUUAAUAAUAUCUCUUCUGUAUGAAACUAAACAGAAUAACAAUGAAACUGAAAAGCACUUAAAUUGCCUCAGGAAAAGGCUUGUCAAACAUUUUGAGACCCUAAAAGUUCCUGUGGAGAAGCAGAGCAGCCUGAAGAAUGUGGAUAAGAUGCUAGCAGAGGAAAAGAAAAAGAGUGUUUCUCUUGAAAAGGGUUUGGCAAAACUGCAGGAAGAAAUAAACAAAGUUUCAUUAACAACAGAGCUCCAUGAUGGAAAUAUUCAACGUCUCCAGAACAAAAUACACCAAUUAAAAUGUCAGCUGGCUGCAGAGAAAGCAACAGCAAAUGAGUUAUUCCAGACAAAUGGCAGUGAUGAUCUUGGUCUUCCUGAUGUUGCACAGUACCAACUCGCAGCACCCAUUCUUCAGGAUGAGCUUCUGAAGGUCAGGAACCAAGAAGGUCUUCUUAAUGACAUAAACACCAUACAAGAAUCAGAAGAAAUGAAGACACUGCUUGCUUUCCUAGAACAGGCAUAUGACUAUGUGGAUGUCUGAAGAAAGCCAGUUGAAGGACAUUACUUACGGAAGAACAAGGAUUAGCCCUGUUUCUUGGUGCUUUAAUCUUCCAUGAAUGUUUUGUUCUCAAAACAUGAUGGUUAUGAUGGUGUUCCGUCUUCAGGAAAGUGAUGGAUUGUUACAAUCUGCAUUGUGUUUUGUGCAGACUUUUAAAACAAAUUAAUUGAGAUAUAUUAAAAUUAACCACCCUAUCUGACAAUAUGUAUAUAUCUUUGUAACUUAUUUGCCUGUAUCAUGAGAAAUUUCCCUUUUAUUCCAGUAAUCCUGAUAAAUGAGUGCAAUAGUCUACAUUUCUAGUGUUACAAAGAAUUUAAGAGACUGGCUUCACACAAAAGAUCUCUUUGAGACUUUUGCUUUUUUAAAUUCUAUUUUUCCAGAUAAUGAAAUAAAAAACUUAAAUAUGUAUUGUAUUGAUUGCUGGGUCUAA